AUGGAUAGGUAUAUCUUGGAGGGAGGAGGGGAGGAGUGCUUGAACCUGGAGCUGGGGCUGCUGCCGUCGUCAGCGCCAACGCCGGUGCCGGGGUUCACCUGCACGUACUGCCGCCGGAGGUUCUUCAGCUCGCAGGCGCUGGGCGGCCACCAGAACGCCCACAAGCUGGAGCGCAGCAUCGCCCGGCGGAGCCGUGAGCUGGCCGCCGCCUUCGCUGCCGUGAGGAGCGCGCGGAUGAGGCCCCCGCCGCAGAUGCCGCCGGCGUUCGAGAGGAGGGAGGAGGUUGGUGAGGAUAGGAAGAGGCGGCAGCCGGCGGAGCAGGAUAUCGACUUGUCUCUCAGACUGUGA